CAAACUGUCAAGUGUCAACCACCUUCGGACGAUCCAGCUGCAGAGUUGCUCCAAACCAACGGUAUGCAUCCCAGGCGCGAUAAACAAUAACAUUCCAUCUCUGCAGCAAUCAUGCGUCUCAUAAGCCCUGCGAGACAGCUGUUGCAGACUCGCAGCCUCCAUCAAGUUUCCCUUCGCGCAUCACUCGAUCCUCAUGCACCAAACCGUGCCCAUACAUGCAGCCAGCUGCUAAAGAGGCCGCCGCCAAGGUCCCUAAGCAGAAUAGGUGUUUCGAAACUUACAACACGAGGCAUUUCUGGUGAACAGACGGCGAGAGACUUAAAUCAGCAGGGUAUUGAUGAAGCCCUCUCAGAUUUUGACACGGCUAUUGCAGAAGAAGGGAAGAACAAGCAACAACGGGCACCAUGGCAUCGGCAAGGAGCAGAUGAACCUCCCGUCAAAAGACAGCGCUCUGCUGGUGCUAUGACCAAAGGGAAACUACUAACGACCCCAUCGAGACUGCUCAAGUUGGUCCUUCCUCUGACUACCAUUGACCAGAACUCCGACAGAAAAGAUGUCGCUCCUCUGGCUCUCCUCGUCCACCCCCAACAGCCGCUCUCAUACCUAGAAAGGCUGAUACAAUCCGAACUACCUUCCAUAAGCACAGAAAAGGGGAGCAACAGGGUGCCCGCAGUAUCUUUUCGAGCCAUGGAGUCUACAAGCGAUGAGAUCAAACCCAAAAAAGAGCUGCCCCACGAACAGAAAGAAGACAAGGAAUCUCAAAAAGAUAGUCUCGGUGAUGGCGGCGUUGAGAGCUACAGUGGUGCUGGACGCGAAGGAGAAGGAGAAGACAAAGGAGAUUUUGUGAGAUGGAGUGCCUCGACAGAGAUUGGCGACUUCAUCAGAGAUGCGGCAAGGGCGAAAGAAUUCGAGGUCGAAAUCGAAGGCAGCCCACGAACCAUCAAGGUGGCAGUCCCCUCGUUCAACGACCGAACGUUUUACCUGCGGCAAAGACUACGCAGAACGUCCAAGCAGAUCGCCGAGAUGGCGGCCAUCAAGAAAGAAUGCGACUUGGCGGCACACAGGAGUGGACAAAGAAUAGCAAUGGGCGGGUGUGGAAUGUUAAUUGGAUGGUGGUACGUGGUCUACCGUCUGACAUUUGAGACAGACCUCGGCUGGGACGUUAUGGAGCCAGUCACAUAUCUCGUCGGAUUGAGCACUAUUAUUGGCGGUUAUAUGUGGUUCUUAUACCACAAUCGCGAGGUGUCUUAUCGAUCAGCACUGAAUCUCACAAUCAGUCGGCGCCAGAGCAAGUUGUAUGAACUGAAGGGCUUCGAUGUUCGAAAGUGGGAAGCUUUGGUCGAAGAAGCAAAUGCCAUCAGAAGGGAAAUCAAGGCCGUGGCAGGCGAGUAUGAUGUCGAAUGGGACGAGGUCAAAGAUGAGCAUGACCCAGAAGUCACCAACGCCCUGCGAGAAGAGCGAAAGAAGAGCGAAAAGGGUCAGAAGAAGAAGAGCGACAAAGACAAUGAUGGAGACGACGAUUAACAUUAAUCACUGCCCAAUGCCCAGCAUCACCCAUGCCUCAUCUCUUACAAGAAUACAGAGGAACACCAUCACAACCCUUUCCACUCUUGAUGUCAGCGGCGUACAUACUUGUCUCGAGCUGGAUCGAAGAUUGCUGAAUCUGAGCCACCUGAUGAUUGACCUGCUCGGAAUUUAGCCUCUCUCGGGUAGCAAAGGGACGACAUUACUCACUUCCACCGCUACUACCUUCCCCAGCUCUACGAUUGCGAUUGUUGCGAAUAUCUCUCGAUCGGAAGACACUGUAUAACAGCCAUAGGGUCACCCAGUUCGGAGCAUGUUCACCUGUCGUGGCGCCUCGAUCGAAUAGGGUCCGCUGAAUCGUUCCGGGUUUUGCAUGCUGCCAGGUGUCGAUGAUCGCUUGGCGACGACGCUCUUGACGAAUAUGGUGCCAAAAGAAUGGAGGUGAUGUUGACUUGUCGGUACGCUUUUCGUCUAUCAGACUGGAUCGAUCGGCAUUCAGUCCGUUGUAGACGGUGAUUGCCUCUUCCUGUUUCUGGUCAGUCUUGCCAGGCAGAAGACCUAAUCUCUAUCACUUGGACCAUACCCGCAUGGCUCGGUAAUAUCCUUCAUGUCGGGGAUCCGUGGUGCUCAGACCAAGAGCUUUCAUGAAGUCAUCUUUGGGUGCUCUUGGUCCUACAGGUUGUGUUUGAGGCAUACUGGCGGUGAAGAGAAAAGUGGUUGACGAAACAGCCCGAAAUGUAUGUGCAAGAUGGUACGAGUUCGUGAGCACAACGAGUGAGUGUCACAGACUGGACGGUGUGGUUUUGCCUUGAGCUCAUCCUAUAUAUUGCGAGCAAAAUUCAUGACCUUGGGCAAAGAAGAGAAGAGAAGCAAACAUGCCCUCGAUCCACAUGCGAUACAAUUUAGCAACACAAUUUACCUGCACACGCUGGCACUUCAGUUGGGCAUCUGAACGAGCCGAUUUUCAAAUACGGGCAGUCGGCUGCGCCUGGAGAAUGGUGAUGGGAUUCGCCCGCGACGGCCACCAGUUGAGCCUGAAGUCAAAUAUGCCCGUACAUGGCACGCAACAGCAGGCUUAGCGAGUUUGACAUAUGCAUGUAUCCGGCGAGCAAGGGCGCCUCGUGGCCGUCGAAUGCGUUGGACCCUUUCGACCCCAAACCGGACGACGUCCAUGAUGCCGCAGUUUUCCCCUAAGCGUCGCCUUGAUGCAUGGGAACCGAAGCUGCCAGCCUCAUUGAAAAUCAGGGACCGCCAAAGUAUCUGUACCAAGCCUUGCCAAUUCAGCAAGGAGUGACACGGGGAAGCGAUUCUUGGGCUUUGGUUGCUGAGACAAAGUGGUUUGACCCCCUGGCACGCGGGGCUGCGGCAAAGUUACCGUGGCCGUAUUCAGUCUCAUACACUGGUUCGAAGUAGAAAACCUCUGGAAACUUCCUAGCACAUUUCGACUGUGAUGGAGUACCCUUCCGGUAUCAGUCUCCUUGCCGAGAAGCACACGAGCUGAACCUUUCCAGGGUUAGACGGCUUGGUCUCAAGGCCAAUAUGACAGCUGUUGUGUCACAGACGGCGUCGGUACUCGCUGCUUACGUUUGUCAGGAUCUAAAGCCAACAAAUCCCGGUCCGCAAUAGCAUGAGGCAUCUUUGGAGCAUAACAGGGUCUGAUGUUUGCUAGCUUGGAACAUGCAUACAAAGGCAAACAACACUUGUCGAUAUGGGCAGACAUCUGAGCAAUUGAACUACCAGACUGGAAUACUUGCACUGAGGGCUGUCCACCACACAAAAACAUGUUUCGGCAUACCACUGAAGAGGCCGAUAUUCACCCCGUUGAUGCACUACCUGACAUGUUACCCGCAUAGUCGUGUCUCUCACACACUAAUAUUUGGUGUCUCUCCCGCUUGAAGCCUAGAGUCUGGCCACCCAUGUGUAUUACUCCAGCCAUUAUUGACGUUGCUGAAGCCUGACUAGAGAAUGAUUCCAUUCCCGUUUCCACUCCCAUUUGCCGGCAGCCUUCUUGCUGCUGUGUAAGCUG